CUCUUUCGUUUUCUACUAUAUAACAACAACAACAAUAGAAAUAGAUUGAUAUGUUUGGAUGUAUUGCCGCUGGUCGUCUUGUGCAAACUAACUUACAACAAGUAGAUGUCAACAAGUAUGUAUUUGAACUAUCCGAUCCUCAAAGUAUCAACCAUCUUGUUGUCUUUUUAUUGGGUACCAUUCCUUUCGAACCUGGUUAUGCUGCUACUGUUCAUUUGUUAUGGCCUAACAAAGACUGGCAACUUUUAGGAGGACUAUCGAAUGAAAAACCAAGUGCCAUCUUUCGCAUUGGUGGUGGCAAGAACAAUAUAAUGAUGAAUCAACCCACAGCAACCUUAGGUAUUUCCAUUGAACCCAUAGAAACUGUACAACAAUUAUUAUCGACUCUCUCCUCCGGUGUAAUGAAAAGUGGUGGAUCAAAUUUACAACACGCGGUAUCUAUGACAGAAGUGGGUCAAAUGGCAUCUCGUGUGAUUGAAAAUCUAUUCAACUAUGUUACCUCUUUUGCAGUUCAAGAUCUUCCUAUGAAUGGUAUUGCCUUGGGUGAAGUGACUGAACGUGGUUAUCUACCUGUCAAAGCUUUCCAAACUUGGUACAACAAUCUUAGCAGGAAAUUAGCCAAUGAUCCCAAUUAUCUCUCCUCAGAAAAAAGCGCAUGAUAUCCUUUACUUUAUUAUUCUCGGGCAUUUUUUUUAUUAUUAUUAUUGUAUUAUACUCCCCUUUGCUAUUUACUACUGACCUAUAUCUCCCUCUUUUCGAAGUUUAAUAAUAAAAAAAAAAAGUACAUAUUUA